AUGGACAACAUCUCCUCCUUCUCCUCUUUCUCUCUCAUAGCUCUGAAUGGCACCAGCAGGAUCACUGCAUUCUCUUUUGCCCUCCCAGGCUAUUUAGUGACCAUUGUUGUAAAUGCAGCCUUGAUUUGCAUAAUUGUUCUGGAGAAAGUUCUCCACCAGCCUAUGUAUAUAUUUUUGUGCAAUUUAUGUAUAAAUGGAUUAUAUGGAGCCACAGGAUUUUAUCCACCCCUGCUGUAUUAUUUACUAAAUGAAACCAAUGUAAUCUCUCUGAAAGAAUGUGCCAUCCAAAGCUUUGCCAUUUUCACCUAUGCAAUAGGUGAAUUUACCAAUCUGUGCAUAAUGGCGUUUGAUAGAUACUUAGCAAUCUGCAGACCUCUGCACUACCAUACUGUCAUGACAACCAUCACUGUUUGGAGGCUGCUGACUUUCAUUUGGAUGUUUCCCUGCUGCACUGCAAUACUGAUAAUAGUGAUGACGCUCAGGUUUCCCAUUUGCAUGAAUCAGAUAAACAAACUGUACUGUGAAAACUGGGUCUUGGAGAGACUUGCCUGCGGGGUGGACACUGCUCAGUUUGCGGUUAAUGGAAUAUUAACUUGUGCUAUUAAUGCUCUGGUAUGGUUUGUGUUUUUGUCUUGUAUAAAAAUACUGAUCGCUUGUAAGCGCUCUGUUCAAAGCAACAAGAAGUUUAUAGCCACAUGUCUGCCACAUUUGGUAGCCUUUUUGAACUAUGUGGUCUGUUUCUUUUUUGAUCAUUCCACCUCUGAUUCUCUUCUCACAAGAUUUAAAGUAGAAACAUUGUCAAAUAUAGCAUAUACAUUUUUGUCUGUUAUAUUCCUGACUGUUCCCCCUGUUGUCAAUCCUGUAAUAUAUGGUAUAAAAUUAGGUCCAAUCAGGGCAAAAAUAUUGUAUAAUUUCCAAAGUCCAAGGAUUAAUAACUUGCAGUAUGCACUGUUAUAA